CAUAUUUUGACAUUUCUCUAAUUUGUGCAGCGAUUAUUAUUCUCAAUUUUAUAAAGUGAAGGAAAUAUUUUCCAAAAAUAUGGAUAAAAAACAAAAGUGCGAAUUAAUUACAAGCAUAUUUCAAUCCAUUAGAGAAGCUAUGCAAUUGGACUCCGAUGACAGCGAUAAAGAGGAAAUACUUUUAGGAUUGGCCAGAUUGGGCGAGAAAGCUGCAUCGUUGCCUAUCAAGAGAGCCAAGCGGCAAUGGAUAAAGGAAUGGAGGAAAAAUAGGUGCGAUCGCGGCUCGUUCGCCUUUUUAAACAAAGAAUUGCUGGUACACGAUGAGCAAAGCUACAGGAACUUCCUACGAGUAUCAAAAUCUCAAUUUGAUUAUUUGCUGUCGCUAAUAGCGAAUGAAAUACAACGCUCUGAUUCGACUAUGAGAGCCGCGAUUCCCGCAGCAGAAAAAUUGGCAUUAACGCUGCGAUUUCUCAGCACUGGAGAGUCUUACGUGAGUUUGGAUUACCAGAUCCGUGUAUCCAAAUCUUCAAUUUCCAUUAUAGUUCCUGAGGUAUGCAGUGCCCUUUAUAACAAAUUGAAAUCGUCGUAUUUAAAGUUUCCAAACAGCAAUUCAGAAUGGGAGGCCAUUGCAAAAGAAUUGGCAGUUAAAUGGCAAUUCCCCAACUGCAUUGGCGCGUUAGAUGGGGCUAGAAGUAUAAUUUUACUAGCCCUGGUGGAUGCUAAUUCCAAAUUUAUUUUCGUGGACGUUGGUUGUAACGGUCGCAGUAACGAUGCUGGAGUAUUUCUGCAAAGCAAAUUAAGGGAUGUUCUGCAAGAAGAGAAGGAAAUACCAAAAGCUGCUUCCGAUCGACGCCUACCGUACGUCGUAGUCGGAGACGAUGCAUUUCCUCUGCAGAUGCAUUUAAUGAAGCCAUAUCCCUACCACACGCAAUGCCAGGAAAAACAAGUUUUUAAUCAAAGACUCUCUCGUGCAAGGCAUGUGGUGGAACAUGCAUUUGGAAUUUUAUCCAAUAGAUUUCGCGUCCUUCUAGCUCCGAUAAAUCUGAAAGUGGCCACUGUAGAGAAAAUUGUAUUGACGUGUUGUGCUUUACACAAUUAUUUAAUCGAAAAUGGCGAAAUGUUCACUGAUGAGAGAGUAAACGCAGAAACUGUAAAUAAUAACCACUCAACUGAUUUCGAUGUAUUCUACAAUCCGCGAAAAGGUGCAGCAGAGAACGUACGUGAACAGUUUCUCAAAUAUUUAAAUGAAGAAGGAAAACUGGAUUGGUUACAUAAUAAAUAA